AUGUCGGUUAAUGGCGUCUCCGAUAAGGACCCCUGGGCAGCCCUCUGCCAUUCUUCAAACACAAGUCCCAUUCUGAACCAGACUGCGAUGAACAGCAACGCCAACAACAUGGAUUCGGAGCUGGCGUCGAUAGUGUCGUCGCUGAGCGCGUUGUCGAACGGCAACAACAACCCGGGCAGCCAUCAGCAGCAGCAGCAUCUGCCACAGCAGUCGCAGCUGGGCGGUUACCGCAGGUCGAGUGUGGGUGCGUCGUCCAACAACCAGGAGCUGGACGUGUACGCUGCGAGCAUGCAGCCGCCGCCGCCGCCGCACUCGCAGACGAGGGCUGCGCUGAGCGUCGGCACUGCUCCGGCAUACUCGAAGCAGCGCACGCGUCUCCUUAAUAACCACUAUUCAGCCAGUAUUGCGGGCCCCAUCAUGUUCACCGAGGCCGUGGGUGCGGGCGGCGGCGGCGGGUUCUUCGAGAAAUUCGGCAAGUCUCUGAUUGAAGGCACAAGGGAGCUCGAGAAGCAGCCCAGCGAGCAGGAUGGCCCGGCCAGAAGAGCGUCUGUCAACUCGGAGAGCCCGGAGGGCCAGCACAAAACCAUCUGGAAUGUUGCUCAAGCGCCCGUUUUCAAGCCAAACCAGGACACGUUCAAUCAGUUCCCGCUGAGUUUGGCCAGUCAGUAUCCCGCCACCUUCGAGUCGAACUUGGAGUCACAGCAGCGACCAAACCUGGAGCCCAACCAACAGCCGUUUUUCUACAUGUCAAGCGAUAUUUCUGUCCCACCGCAGCCCGCGCCGAAGCCCCAGAGCGAGCCGAAACACUACAGUAAACCUACCAAGAAACAGCAGACGAACCCAUAUCUGGAUGUGUCGAAAAAGUUUACAAAUAAUACGAAAUCGCCCACGAGAAUCGCAUCGCCAUCGCAGCCACAUCAACAGCAACAACAUACGCCGCACAACGCGCCAAAACAUGCAAACAUUACGUCGCGAUCGCCACUGUUGGAAGAAUUCAGAUCAAAUACAAAUGAAAAGGUGUAUUCUCUAAAAGAUAUCGUUGGCUAUGUUUUGGAGUUCUGUAAGGAUCAGCAUGGCUCGAGAUUCAUUCAGCAUGAAUUGUCCGUCGCGACAAACUCUGAAAGGGAGGUUAUAUUUAAUGAGAUCAGAGAUUUCGCAAUCGAAUUGAGCGAUGACGUUUUUGGUAAUUACGUUAUCCAGAAAUUUUUUGAAUUUGGUUCAAAGACACAAAAGGAUAUUCUAGUGCAUCAAUUCAAAGGUAGGAUGAAGUUUCUUUCGAUGAAGAUGUACUCGUGUCGUGUCAUUCAAAAAUCUCUAGAAUAUAUCGAUUUGCAACAAAGAAUCGACUUGGUUAAUGAAUUAUCAAACUGCGUUCUACAAAUGAUCAAAGACCAAAAUGGCAACCAUGUUAUUCAAAAAUCAAUUGAAAGAAUUCAGUUAAAACAUCUUCCAUUUAUAUUGGAUUCAUUGAAUGGUCAAAUUUACCAUUUGUCAACACAUUCUUAUGGUUGUCGCGUCAUCCAAAGGCUGUUGGAGUUUGGUAACGAGUCUGAUCAAUUGAAAAUUCUAGUUGAACUAAUGGAUUUUAUUCCUUAUCUAAUUCAAGAUCAAUAUGGUAACUAUGUUAUUCAACAUAUUUUACAGCAGAAUUCCAAAACAUCUUUUGAUGAAAUGAUCAAGAUCAAACAAAAAAUCAUUGAAAUCGUUUCAAAAAAUGUUGUCGAAUUUUCAAAGCAUAAGUUUGCAUCAAAUGUUGUUGAAAAGGCGAUACUUUUUGGCUCUCCAGAUCAAAAGAAAUUGAUUGUUUCACAAAUCCUGCCAAUUGAUGAAAACCAUGCUGUUGAUUUAAAUGAUAAUUCACCACUGAUCCUUAUGAUGAAGGAUCAAUUCGCAAAUUACGUUGUUCAAAAGCUUGUUGGUGUUUCGAAAGGUAAUGAUCAAAAAUUGAUCGUAAUCGCAAUUAGAUCAUAUCUCGAAAGGCUGAACAAAUCUGAUUCAAUGGGUAAUAGACAUCUAGCAAGUGUUGAAAAACUGGCUUCAUUAGUUGAAAAUGUUAAAAUAUGA